CUUAUCAUAAAUUAUACGAGUAAUUUAGGAUGAUGUAAACUUCAAUUUGGUCUCGUCUGCCACUGCCGCCUUUGCUAACCCCUCUCCUUUUUCUCUCUCUUCUUAACCCCGCAAAGUCUCCGACAUUUCCUCUGCCAAUCCCUGGAAUUUCUGCGCCCUUUUCUUUUUUAUUCUUUUAGGUUUUCGCAGUUUUCUUCAACACUCCCAAAGAAGCAAAGAUGCAGCAACACCAGCAACAACUACAACAACAGCAACACCAGCAACAACAACACCAGCAGCAACAACAGCAACAGCAGCAGCAGCAGCAGCAACAACAGCAACAACAACCUCAAAUGUUUAACAUCCCGUCUUCACAACCCACCAUUAUAAUCACCACCGAGCAAAUUCAAAAGUAUCUGGAUGAGAAUAAGCAGCUGAUUUUGGCAAUUAUGGAAAGUCAGAACAUGGGGAAAAUCAAUGAGUGUGCCCAGUAUCAAGCUCAGCUGCAGAAAAACUUAAUGUACCUGGCUGCAAUUGCUGAUGCUCAGCCGCCAGCAUCAACAGGGCCUACUCAGCCUCAGAUGCCCAUGCAAUCUUCCAUUCCACAAGGCCCUUUCAUGCCGCCUCCAAAACCUGCAGUUAGUCCACAGCAAGCAGGUCCUAGAAUGCCCUUUGCCAUGCAGGUGUUUGAUCAGCAGUCACCCCAUAUGCAAUACCAACAAACUAUGGCAGGUUCCAUGGGCAUGAGAAUGGGUGGAAACAAUGGUUUACGCCCUGCUUCCCACACUGGUUUCGGAGCUCCAACACAGUUGAUGGAUGCACGUAACAGACAAGAUGGUUCCGAUGCCGGUCCUGGUGAUGAUCAUGGGAAGUGAUGUAACAAGGUGCUCGCUGAGAGAAUCAUGGAUCUGCUUGGGUGCUUAUGGUGAAAAUUUUGCUAUCCAAAGAUAUGAAAUACUUUACACUAGUUUUCAACCCAGCAGGUUUCACUGAUUUCAAAUAGAAGAAUUUGGUUUGCUUUGCCAAGUUCAAUAAUUUUGCA